AUGUCGAACGAUUGGGAAGUUCUUGAGAUGUUCCAUGACAAAAAGGAACCAAUCAUAUUUAAUAAUAAAAUCCAAGCCUAUGGAGACCUACGUGAAUCUAUGCGCAAAUUCAACCUCGCUAUCUUGAACAACCAUGCAGAGUCAAAUAGCAUUGCUUGGAUCGAAGGUAUAAACGCGGAGCUGUUAAAGCUUCAGCCACUCUUCGACAAAAUAAGAGAACAUAAUCCAUGGUCGAGCUUCCUUGAAGUAUUCGGAGAUGCCAAAACUCUCGCCCAUGUUAAACAGCGUGACCUCAAAGACGAUUGGGGAUACGAUUUUAAGAAAAUCCAGGAAUGGAAGGAGCUACACUACGGAGAACUCCAGAGGGACGGUCUACCGCCAUUGGAAGCAGAUUUCUUCGUCGAGUACAAGAGAUCGCCUUAUGGGGUGUGGAAGGAGAAGUACGAUGACUAUAUUUACCCUGGGCCACCGGGCAACAACAGUUUCGACUUUGCUGGUAAUGGUAGCGAGGAUGAUCCGAGGUGGAAAGAUACGGUAUCACGGUUCAGGGACAAAAAAACAGUCUGUCGAUGCCAUCCAAGUUCUCUAAAUCAAGAGCGGCACCGUCAUUGGCUGAACACUGAUGAAUACAUGUAG